AAAAUUCAAAUCAUCUUUCUGUUGUUGAUGAAAAUAAUAAUAAUAAUAAUCUAGAUGUGAAUCGAUUAUUUGAUAAUCCAAGUCCACAGAUGCAACAAAUUAAUGGUUUAAUCAUUAAUAAUGAAACGAAUGAUUCGAAUACGAACACAAAUUCGAAUCAUUCGAAUGGAAUUGAUACGAAAACAACACCAUCAGCAUCACCAACAUUGAAAAAACAAGAUUCAAUCGAUAUAGUUGCCAAACCAAUACCUGAUGAUAAACGAAAACGUUCACCAGUACCUAAAGAUAUUUAUCCAUCAUCAGAUAAUAAUGGUAAAUCAAAACCCAGUGAAACUGGUCUACCUGAAAAUGCUCAAAUAAAACGGCUUAAAAAUGUAAGCAUACAGGAAUUGAAAAAAGAUCUAGAAAAAUCUCGACAACAACAGCGACAAAAAUUAGCACAACAAAAAAAUGGUGUGAUGAUCAACGGUGAUGCAACAAUUAUUGAUAUGGAUUCAAAACAGCAGCGACCAUCUAAAUUGUCACAGAAAAAACUUCCUGUUGAAAAAUUAGAUAUAACAGCUGCAUUGGAUGUUAGUUCGGUAGGAUCGACACCUUCACCGCAACCACCACAACCACCAUUAUCAAUAUCACCACUUCCUGGUGAUCAAACCGUAAUGAAACCGUCAAAAAUGAAAGCCGUUAGUAAACGAUCACAAGGAUCAAUCGGUGGUAUUAAAUUAACUGAAUUAGAAAUGGCCAAAUUAGGUAGACUUGGAAUAUCAGCUCAAGCGAGUGGACAACCCGAUGGAACCAGUGUUGGUGUAAGAGGAAAAGCAGCUGUGGGAAGAAAAUCACCAUUACCUCCAGGUAAAUUAACACCAUCACCAAAACCAACCAGUAAAUCACCACGACCAUCACCACGUGAAUCACCGAUUCCAGGUAAAAAAGAUAUAACUGCUGCUCCGGAUGGUGAAAGUGGUGACAAUAAAAAAACUGCUGACCGUAUGCCACGUAGUGAAAUGCCAACUCGAAAAGAACGAAUGCAACAACGAAAAGCAGCAGCUGCUGCUGCUUCAACCGCUACAACCGGUAAAGAUGGAAAAAAACCUACGGAAAUGGAUGGCCAACAACCACCUAAAGAACAUGGAUCAAAAUCAUCAUCAUCAAGUUCUCGUUCACAAUCACGUGAACGUGUUGGACCAGGUGGCCGUACAUUAUCAAGAGAAAUGUCUAAAGAUGUACAAGGACGUGGAUCAAGAAAACAAUCGCUUCUGGAUCAAUCACCAUCAUCACGAACAACAAAAAAUAUUAGUGAUUAUGGCCAUAAAUUGGUAGCAUUAUGUCGUAAAGGUGAUUGGGUCGGUGUUGAUACUAUCAUCAAAUAUAUAAACAAAUAUAAUGUCGAAUUUGAUAAAACGGCCGUAUCAGAAACGACCGGCUGGUCACCAUUAAUGUUUGCCGUACGUGAUAAUCGUAUACAAAUAUCCGAACAAUUGAUCGAUCUAGGCAUACCUAUCAAUACCAAAGCAAAGGAUGGAAUAACAGCCUUACAUUUAGCAUGUGCAUAUGCACGUGAAGAUACGAUACGAUUAUUGUUGACAAAUAAAGCUGACGCAAUGAUACCUGGUGGUGAAAAAAAUCAAUUACCCAUACAUGUUUUAGCACAAAAAGCAACCGGUGCUGCACUUGUACCAUUACAGCUAUUAUUGAAAUCAAGUCCAAAAGAAGCACGUUUAGCUGCAGAUAAAGAUGGAAAUUUGCCAUUAUUUUUAGCCCUUGAAAAUGGUAAUCAUGGUGUUUGUCGGGAAUUAUUGAAAGAAUCGGCUAAAGAACAAAUUAAUAUGCAUAAACCGGAAACGGGUGAAACCGGUAUACAUAUUGCUAUUAGGAAAAAAGAUACCGAUAUGUUACGAUUAAUGGUUGAUAAUGGUGGUGAUGUUGAUCAACAAAAUAAAGAUGGACAAACUGCAUUACAUAUGGCAGCAAUAAUGGGUGAUGAAGGAUUGAUAAAAUUUUUACAUAUGGUUGGUGCUAAACCAAAUAUUGUCGAUAAACAAGAACGUACACCAUUACAUUUGGCAACGGAAAAUGGUCAUAUGAAAACUGUUGAUUUUCUAACAGAAAAAUUUCGUGCAUCCGUUCAUGAACGUACAAAAGAUGGUAGUACAUUGAUGCAUUUAGCAUCAGCUGCCGGUCAUCCUGGUACAGCUAUGGUUUUCAUGAAAAAAGGUGUUGCAUUACAUAUGCCAAAUAAAGCCGGUGCUAAACCUAUUCAUAUGGCUGCUAGCCGUGGCCAUACUGAAGUGGUUAAAGCAAUUGUUCAAAAAGGUGAAUCUGUUGAUUCAAAAACAAAUGAAGGAUAUACUGCCUUACAUAUAGCUGUACAAUCUGGCCAUGCACAAGUUGUUGAAGCAUUGAUUGGUAUGGGUGCAGCCGUUCAACAGGAAGCUGGAAAAAAUGGUGAAACACCAUUACAUACAGCAGCAAGAAUUGAAAAUGGUAAAGCAUGUGUAGAAAUGUUGGUAAAAAGUGGUGCCAAAAUUAAUGCCAUCGAUGCGAAUGGUGAAACGCCUUUACAUUUUGCUGCUAGAGAAGGAUUCCUUGAAACGGUCAAUAUGUUAUUGGAGGAUCAAGCUGAUCCAUCUAUGGUGAAUAUUAAAGGUGAAAAUGUAUUGCAUAUUGCAGCCAAAGAAUCACAUUAUCCAAUCGCAAAAAGAAUGAUUGAAUAUACAAUUGAAAUGAAAAGUAAAAAAGCUUGUACCGAUUUGGUUAAUAAACCGAACAUGAAUGGUGAAAGUUCUGUACAUUAUGCAGCAAAUUUAACAGAAAAAAAUCGUCAUUAUGACAAUGAAGAUCGUGAUAUAAUGCGUUUAUUAUUGGAAAAUGGUGGCAAUGUUUUUCUGGAAACAAUUGAAAAAACCGAAACACCUGUACAUUAUUGUAGUAAAUCGGGCAAUACAAAUGCAUUGCAAGAGAUUAUUAGUUUUUUACCACCAGUUGAUGCUCAAUUAGCCUGUAAUAAAACGGCCAAAUCAGGAUGGACGCCAUUAUUCUAUGCCUGUUCACGUGGCCAUGCCGAUACGAUACGAAUGUUAUUGAAUCAGAAUGCACGUGUCGAUAUAUUUGAUGAGCGUGGACAAGCAGCAUUACAUAUUGCAGCAGAAAUUGGUCAAGAAGAAGUGGUAGAAAUUCUACUUGAAUCAAAUGCAUUUGUUAAUGUUCGUAAUAAGAAUGGCAUGACACCGUUACAUUUAGCUGCACGUAAAGGCUAUAAUAAUAUGGUUCGUCGUUUGGUCACCGAACAUAGUGCCUUGUUGGAUGCCAAUACAUUGACUAAACAAACACCAUUACAUUUAGCUGCUGAAGCUGGCCAAUUAGCCGUUUGUGAAACAUUAUUAGGAUUGAAAGCCGAUGCAUUGGCUAUCGAUAAUCAUUCACAAACACCACUACAUUUAGCCGCUGAACAUGAUCAUUCUGAAGUUGUACAACUAUUUCUAAAACAUAAACCAGAUCUAUUAUCGGUACCAAAUAAAAAUGGUUAUACUUGUGCUCAUAUAGCUGCAGCUAAAGGUUCAGUGGCCGUAGUUAAAGAAUUAAUGCGUCUAAAUCAAGAAUCAGUGAUCAAUGCACGAAUUUCGAAAACAAAAUCAACAACAUUACAUUUAGCCGCUGAAGGUGGCCACGUUGAAGUUGUCCGAACAUUAUUACAGGCCGGUGCUAAAGCAACAGAUGAAAAUGUUGAAGGUUAUACGGCAUUACAUUUAGCCGGUAAAAAAGGUCAUGUAAAUGUUUUACGUGCAUUGAAAGAACAAUCCACUGCAUAUUGGAAAGUUUGUAGUCGUCGUAUUGGACUUACUGCAUUACAUGUUGCCGCUGCAUUUGGUCAAACCGAAUGUGUAAGUGAAAUGUUACCCAUAGUACCGGCUACAAUUAAAAGUGAACGUCCAUUAAUUGAUCCAAGUGGUGAUUAUGGCAUAACACCGUUACAUUUGGCAUCACAAAGUGGCCAUGAAAAUGUUGUACGAUUAUUGUUGAAUAGUAAAGGUGUUCAGGUUGAAGCACCAACCGAAGUAGUCGGUACAAUACCGAUGCAUAUGGCAGCACAAGGUGGUCAUUUACUUGUUGCUGGUCUUCUCAUUAGCCGUACUAGUGAACAAUUACAUCGUGCUGAUAAAUAUGGUCGUACUCCAUUACAUUUAGCUGCAUCAUUUGGUCAUCGUGAUAUGGUUUCAUUAUUGUUGGGACAAGGUGCCAAUAUUAAUUCACAAGAUAAUAGAGGAUGGUCACCAUUACAUUAUGCAGCAAGACAUGGUUUUCUUGAUGUUGUACAACUUUUAGUUGAUUCUGGUGCCGAUCCAGAUCUACAUUCAAAAGAUGGCCGCGUACCAAUGUGUUGUGCUGCUGGUGCUGGCCAUUAUCAGGUUUUAAGUUAUUUAUUUAAAAAAGAACAUGAUACAUUAAAUUUAAUGGAAGAUCGUGAUUUUUUACUUGAUCUAAUGGUCUGUUCUAAACAACAUGAAAAUAAACCAAUUCAAGAAUUCAUUCUUGUUUCGUCGGCACCAAUCGAUACGGCUGUAAAAUUGGCAAAAAGUUAUGAAAAUUUAGCACAAAAAGAAAAAGAUCGUACACGUGAUCUAGAAGCUGUUUAUCAAUAUUGUGAUCAAAUUGCCACCGAUCUAUUAUCGAUAACGGCAACAACAAAUAAUGCUGGCCGAUUAUUACGUGCAAUCGAUUAUAAAGGAACCGAAUUUUUGGAUGUACUUAUUGAAUUAGAACGUAAAGAAGUUGUUGCACAACAUGCCGUACAACAAUAUCUGACCAAUGUUUGGAUGGGUACAAUGAAAUGGGCAGGAUGGAAAUUUAUUCUAUUAUUCUUUUCAAUGUUGGUAUGUCCAUUCGUUUGGGUAUUAAUAUCAUGUCCAUUUGGUCAUCGUCUAAGUAAAAUGCCCAUCAUUAAAUUUACACUCUACCUCGUAUCACAUAUAUUUUUUAUUGUCAUAUUAACAAUAACAACUGUUAAUCCAUGGUUACCAAUCUAUAUGAAUGAUGGACAAUGGCCAUAUUGGCAUGAAUGGCUAUUACUUGUUUGGGUAUUGGGCAUAUUUUUAGCCGAAGUUACAAAUCCAGCUGAUCGUGAUGGCCUAGGCGGUAUUAAAGUGGUUGUCGUUUCCGUUUGUUUUAUGGCUGUUAUUGUACAUAUUUUAACGGUUAUUACCGGUUAUUUUGAAUAUUUUGAAGAAGUCACAAGAUUAGUUAUGCUCUAUUUACGUAAUCAAUUAUUGGCCGUUGCAUUAUUGUUGUCCUUUUUGGAAUUUCUUAAUUUUCUAACAUUUCAUCAUUUAUUUGGCCCAUGGGCAGUUAUUAUUCGUGAUCUAAUCAAAGAUUUGCUCAGAUUUUUGGCCAUUUUAUUGAUAUUUAUGGUUGGAUUUUCUUUACACAUUUGUGCCAUUUAUCAGCCAGUAUUUGAACCACCAGAUACAGUUAAUGGAACAUUACCAAGUUAUGGACAAGAAUUUCAGAAUCCAUUGGAUACAUUCGAAAUGUUAUUCUUUGCUUUGUUUGGUCUUGUUGAACCGGAUUAUAUGCCACCAAUGCAUCUAAGUCCACCGGUUGCAAAGAUUAUAAUGAAAUUAGUAUUUGGCGUUUAUAUGAUGGUCACUGUUAUUGUAUUGAUUAAUCUAUUGAUCGCUAUGAUGUCCAAUACAUAUCAACGUAUACAAGCACAAUCGGAUACAGAAUGGAAAUUUGGUCGUGCUAAAUUGAUUCGAAAUAUGACACUAACAUCACCGACACCAUCACCAAUUAAUAUAUUUGUUGGUCUGCCAUUUCAAAUUAUGCAGAAAUUAAUCAAUCUUCGUCAAGAUCGAAAAAAAGGAAUGCAUAUAACAGCAGCAUUAGCACAUCGUCCAUCUGUUGUUGCCACACAGAAAUGGCUACAAAGUGGAGCCGGUACUGGAGCUAUUACCGGUGGUACAGCCGGAUUUACUGCUGGUGGUCGUCGUGCAUCACGUGCAACCAGUCAUAUUAGUCGUACAUUUGGCCAAACAUAUGCCGAUGAUACGGAAGCACAGAAACCGAUUACCGAAGUGAUUAAUUGGCCAAUAAUUGUGAAAAAAUAUCUAGAAUAUAUUGGUGCAAUUGGUGCCGACCAAGGUGGUGAAGAAGAUGAUAAAGAUGAAGGAACAAUGUUAAUGGAUUCACCAACCGAAACUAGUCGACCUAUGAGCUGAGCUGAGUUAAUUGAAAAUUGUUUUUAUUUGCAUUUUUUUUUAAAUCUAUUUAUCAAAUUUC